AUGGAGUUGACAGCAUCCAGCUUCGUCUCAUUGUUGGUCUACAUCUUGACCUUCUUGCUUGGACUUCCCGGCAAUCUCCUUGUUCUUUUCGUGUACAUCCGUAAGGCUCGAAAACACGGUGCCACCCCCAAUGUAGUCUACGCUCUAAACCUGUGUGUGGCAAACCUGGCUCUAGUGUCGUGGAUGCCAGUCAAAGUGGCCGAGACGCUCCAAGGUUGGGCUCUUCCAGCUGCGGUUUGUCCUGUUUACAGCUUCUUUCUGUUUUCUUCGGUCUACGGGAGCAGUUUGAUCCUCACAGCAGUCGUCGUGGGCCGUUAUCUGAGUAUCGCCUAUCCCAUAACUUACAAACUAUACCGCCGGGCGCGUACCUCUUGCCUGGUGAGCGCCAUCUUGUGGCUUUUAGUGCUUGUACACUUGGGUUUUGCUUUUAUUGCUGAAGGAGGGGGCCAUUUUGUGUCUUUAUCAGAGGAGAAUGUCUCGGCAUGCUAUGAAAACUUCACCCAGGAGCAGUUGGAAGUGCUGGUGCCGGUACGCCUGGAGAUGGCGCUGCUGCUCUUCAUGGUGCCGCUUGUUUUGUCAGCAUUCUGCACACUGCGCUGCCUUGUGCUUGUCAGACACUCAGCUUUGCCCUCUGUUGGGAAAAGAAGGGUGUUAGCCAUUGCACUCUCCACUUUAGUAGUAUUUGUGGUCUGUUAUUUACCCUACAAUGUUUCCCACGUGGUGGGCUUUGUCUUGUACACUAAUGUGGAGUGGAGAAGUGAAGCCAUGCUUUCCUGCUCCUGCAAUGUAUUUCUUGAGCCUAUGGUCAUGUUAAUGCUUUCGCCGUGGACGCCGAGGGAUUUGGUGGUCAGAUUGUGCCGCAAACGAAGGAACGUGUUAUGCAAGUCCUGGCAUCAGAAUCACUGCAGCAGGGCUUCCAGGAACCCUCAAACAACAACAACACAAGCUGUGUCAAUAAUAAGCCAUGGUGAAUCUAAAGAUGACAAAGCAAAAGCAAACAAAGCAUACUCGUCCAUAAAAGUGACCUGA